AACCCUAACCGCGCACAGAAAGAUCAGAAAAACCUCGGACAGACGGAGAGGAAGACGAAGCCGAAGCCGAAGCCUCUGGUUCUCUCUCACUCUAGCUAAAUCUAAGAGCCUGGGAAGCCCGAAAUUAUGUACGGAGGCGAUGAAGUAUCGGCCAUUGUGAUUGACCUUGGUUCGCACACCUGUAAAGCGGGAUACGCCGGCGAAGAUGCUCCCAAGGCUGUUUUUCCCUCUGUUGUUGGAUCAAUUGAUCAAAUGGAAGUUGAUGACCCGGCGAAUACUGAGAAUUCUGGAUCUGGCAAUGAUUCCAAGAACACUGGCAGACCUUUUGAUUCAGAAAAAAGCAAGGGAAAACGCAAAUUGUAUGUGGGCUCUCAAGCCCUUGGGCAUCGCCGGGAUCAUAUGGAGGUACUAUCACCCAUUAAGGAUGGAGUAGUUGUUGAUUGGGAUAUUGUUGACAGCAUAUGGGACCAUGCUUUCAGGGAAUGCUUAUUGGUUGAUCCUAAAGAGCAUCCAAUGCUACUCGCGGAACCAUCAUCUAACACUCAGCAACAAAGAGAAAGGACAGCCCAGCUCAUGUUUGAAAAGUAUGAAGUUCCUGCAUUAUUUUUGGCCAAGAAUGCUGUUCUCACAUCUUUUGCGUCAGGACGUGCUACGUCAUUAGUUGUGGACAGUGGUGGAGGAUCAACUACUGUUGCCCCUGUCCAUGAUGGUUAUGUUCUUCAAAAGGCUGUGGCCUCUUCUCCUAUUGGAGGAGAAUUUCUUACUGAAUGCAUGAUGAAAAGCUUGGAAAGUAAAGGCAUUUCGAUAAAGCCCAGAUAUUCUUUUAAAAGAAAGGAAACACGUCCAGGAGACUUUCAGACUGUUGAUGUUGAUUUUCCAAAUACAACAGAAAGUUAUAAGCUGUACUCCCAGAGGGUUAUUGCUAGUGAUAUUAAGGAGUGCGUGUGCCGAGCCCCUGAUACUCCAUUUGAUGAAAGCGCAUAUUCAAACAUUCCGAUGACACCAUAUGAACUUCCUGAUGGGCAGACGAUAGAAAUUGGAGCUGACAGAUUCAAGGUUCCUGAUGUUCUGUUCAAUCCAUCCUUGGCUCAGACAAUUCCAAACAUGGAGAGUUUUGCGGAUAUUGCUCCAUCUGUUCGUGGUUUGCCACAAAUGGUUAUAGAGAGCAUUAAUAAGUGCGAUGUGGACAUUCGAAGAGAACUGUUUAGUAGCAUAUUGCUUGCUGGUGGUACAGCAUCAAUGCAACAAUUGAAGGAACGCCUUGAGAAAGACUUGCUGGAGGAGUCUCCGCAAACUGCUAGAGUCAAGGUAUUGGCCAGUGGAAAUUCAACAGAAAGGAGAUUCAGUGUUUGGAUAGGAGGGAGCAUAUUAGCAUCUCUUGGUUCAUUCCAGCAAAUGUGGUUCUCCAAGGCUGAGUACGAGGAGCACGGGGCUUCUUACAUUCAGCGGAAGUGCCCGUAAAUGCUGUUGUUAUGCUCAUCAGCGGAUGAGUGGAUCCCCUACAAAUCCUAGGAACUAACUGGCUUCUGUUGAUGAGCUACUGACAAGCUGUCCUUAAUUUUAUUAGGUUACAUAGAACUUCCUGAUCCUUUCCCUUUUUCGAGUUCGUAAACAUUCUGAGGCCAAUGUUAUUGUAUGUAUGAUGAUUGCAGUGCUCUAGUCUUUAUAAUGUGGUAGUAUGUAACCAACCAUUCUUGCCUGUACCUUAAGUUGGUUAAUUAAUUCUGGUAUGAUAUGUAACAGAACUUAGAUUAUUAAAAACAGAUUGGGACUCUUUCGAUGACUCA